AAGCCUCCCGCAUUCCAUAUUCAACAGCUCACAGCUCUUCAACACUUCCAGACUCGCAUAGACACUACAAGAUCUUGCCUUAAUAUCUACUCCACAAACACGCGACAAUCACUAUGGAGGACGACGAAGAGCCCGCGAGCUACGGGCCUCCCCAACCACCGCCUUUCUACAAGCACUUCACCACGCAGAACCUCGACCGGCUGAAGGAGAUACAGGAAGCUGCAGCCUCGGAGAGCAAGGACAAUGGUGAAGCUUCAACUCCGAAAUUGCUGGAUCUACCACCGGAACUACGAUACCUCAUUCCACCUGAGCCACCCGCAGAUGGCAUAUACAAGUCCUUCGGAGAGACCAAACAUAUCCAAGCGCCUCUCUCGUCGCUCAAAGAAUUCGACAUAGAGCAAUUGUACCCCUCAUCCCCGACCUCGCCCUCUGCUACCGAAGGCGUUCAAUCCGACUGGACCCUCGACCGCGCCGUUUACCUCAAGAAGAUUGCAAGAUCCAUACUUCUCAACUUCCUGGAGCUCGUAGGCGUGCUCUCUGUAAAUCCUAUGCAGUAUGAUGAAAAGGUAGCGGACCUCCGAACACUAUACGCAAACGCGCACCAUCUGAUUAACGAGUACCGGCCCCACCAAGCUCGCGAGACCCUUAUCCUGAUGAUGGAGGAUCAGUUGGAGAAGGCACGAGCUGAAGUAGAGGGCAUAAAGGGAAUGAAGCAGAAAAUCAAUGACGUUUUGGGUGGACUGGGCAAGGCAACGCUGGAAUCUACAGACGGAAUCCCUCUCGAAGGCGAGAACUUGCCGCCACCAUCACCCGAAGAGAAGAGAAAGGAAGAGCAAAGGCUGAUUUGGAACACACUAAAUGACGAAGAGUGGAUCGACGGUUGAUUCCCUACUCCCUUGCUGGGAUAUGCGAUCAAUCUAUCGAAAGGGCCACGUCAUUAUGUAUAGCAUGAACUUGGAUACUUAGGGCCGCACGACUCGAACGGUCCUCAGGACGUUUCGAGAACUCUGUCGUGGAGCCUUGAGCGUUGUGGCUCCACGUCACAUUCCGCUUGGAUAGGCUGUCACCUUCACAGCUUGCCUACGAGGUACACUAUCGAGCAGACCAACCACGAACGAGCCGAACUACUUAGGACUCUCGUGGGGUAGCUCGUCUUAUAAAAGCGAGCAUCAAAUACACCUCAUAUUACGAUAUACUUUUCAACAGAUGAAUCAAGUGCUUUCCAAACUAUGACACCACACAACGCUUUAUAGCUUGUUCAAAUAUACGACUGGCUACUACUUUCUAG